CUUUUCUUUCGUCCCAGUGGUGCUGUUAUUGCUCAGAAGCACCUGCUGAAUAUUUCAUGCAUGUUGUUGCAUGGCUAACACUACGGACUCAGCCUUGAGUGAGAGUUAGAGUGAAUUGGUGAGAGGUUGAAAAGUGAAAAGCGCGUGAAAGUGAGGCAGUGCGUGCGGUGGGGUGAAAAAAAGAAAAAGGAGUGCUUGGAAGUGAAACCAUGAUCGCCUUGCAGGCGACCCUGACAGUUUUCGCUUUGAUUCUGUGGCUAGAAACCUGCGCUGAGAUCCUCAGAGGCUACCCUUGCAUAAGGCGGAAAAAUCAACUUUACUGUCCAUCACCAGGAAAUACAUAUCCAAAUUCCACGGAAGGGGAAGAAGGCCGGAGUGGCAGGGAGAAGAGGAGCAAGAGAGAUCGUAUUGAGAAGUUUAUUGAUGAAAACAAAGCUCUGGUCAAAAGAAUGGUCGGUGAAUACUCUUUCGGGACCGACGACGACAACAGUACACCCGCAUUUAGGUUUGACCAGUUUGAAACUUAUGACGGGCAUCCUGUUCACAGCAGAAACAAGAGGGCGAGAACGGCGUUCGGAACCUCUCCCAAUAAAGUUGAUGCUUGUGAAUCGGCAGUGGAGAUCGUCACUCCCUACUGGGCAUCAAAUAGCGCAGGAAAAAUUCGUGCAAUCGUCAAUACACAGCAUCUACAGCAAGCAAUUCAGCAAGAAGUUUGUCAGGCUGUCCAGACAAAGAAAUGCAACGGGGAAUGCAACUGCGAGCAGAAAUAUAAGUGGCAUCGACUGCUGGCUUAUGACCCUGAUGACGACUGUAAAGGAAUCUUCAUGGACUGGUUCCUCUUUCCAUCCUGCUGCGUCUGCAGGUGCCUCAGUCCCAUCAAGCAGUGAGUCAACCCUCAGCAGGUCCCUCUGCAAGAGGACACAGUGCCAUUUUCAACAACUGGACAACUCCUUAAAUUACAAACACUGGCAAUGAUUGGAUUUGCUACCUAGCAAAAACAAAUCUCGUUCUCUGCCACCCACGAAGCACACAUAUCUUGAGACAUUGCCAGCUUUCUGUUGUUCUUGUUAAAGUUGUGCCAUAAGGGAAGUGUCAUGCCAGAGAAGAUAUGGAUAUUGCAAAUGCUGCAAUAAGGGAUGUUAUUGUCCCCGGUUAAAUGAUUUUUUUCUUGGUUAGCCAUUCUGGUAGUGAAAAUUGUAUGAAAGGAAUCGAAUUUUAUUUCAUUUCGUGGGAACAAAACUACUACGAAGUAAGCUUGCGGUAAACAUACUGUACUAUCUUAAGGUAAUUACUCAUGAGAUGCUAAAGAUUGUUUCUUUAAUUAGUGCAAAUAUAAAUAUUAUAGAUGACUGAGCAGUAAAGGCAUUAAGAACAUGAAAUACAAAUUCCUUUCAUAAAGUUCUGAAUUUCUUUCUCAUAUGAAUUAAAAAUAGCUUCUCCCUUUCUACUUUUAUUUUGUUAUGAACAGUAAUAUAGUAGCUUGAAUAUAAAACAUAUAGUAUGACGCCCAGAAAUUUACACAUGCUAAAACGAUUUUUGAAAACAAUUAAAAAAUUGCAAUUAAUGGGACUAUGAGCAUUUAUUCACUAGUUAUGAAGCAACGAGUGAAUGUUUUCGAUAUAAGAACUAUGCUAAUUUUACUUUCUUAGUUUGAACGUUUAUUAAUAUUUCCAUCUCUUUUCUUAUUAAUGUUCUUUUUUUUAAUACUAAAGCAAUCCUUGUAGGGGCUGAGCUUUUUCUCCCAUUUCCCGAGGCAUUAAAAUUAUAUCUCUAUUAUUUUUUUAUUUUUAUUUUUCUUUAUCUUAUAUCAAUAGUUUUAAAUUAUUUUAUUCUAACUUUACAACCAACGUAGCAAUUUAUCUUCAUUAUCCUAUGAAUAAAGUUUAUUUAGCCUUUGCUUUAGUUCAUUAUAUAAAUAAAUAUUUUAUUAUUCACUUCAAAUUAAUAGUUUAGCUCUUAACAAGAGGCAUUGGGGAUAGAAUUACUUUUUAUAUCACUUUAUUAUCUUCCUAAUGGAACAAUUUUAUUCACUUUAAUAAGUUCUUGUGCUAAGUUUUCAGUUUAACGUAAUUUUUUCUGUUAUGAAUUUCCUUAUUUCUUUUUCAGUUCUAUUUUUCUGGCAUGUUUAAUUAACUGUUAUAGUUAUUUUACAGCAUUUGAUAGCUUUUACUAUUCGUAUGGUUAAGUUUACUCGUUUAUUCAAAACUUUUAUGUCCAAUUAUUUUCAUUUAUUUUGAAUGUUAAAAAAGAAGUAUUUUGUUAGGUUAAUUUAAGAACUAAGAUUAUAAAUUUUGGAAUUGGUACAUUUUGCAAAGCUAAACUUUUAGGUUUUAACCUUUAGUUAUUAACAAACCACUA